GUCGAACUUGAGGGACUCACUGGCGAAAUUCGCUUUAGCGACGAUGGUCGAAGACAAAAUUACACUCUGCACGUCGUCGAAAUGACGGUCAACAGUGCGAUGGUGAAGGUGGCGGAAUGGAGUGACCAGAGUGGAUUUACGCCAGUCGCCGCUAAAUACGUCAGACCUUCGUCACAUAUUGAGCGAAAUAGGACUUAUAUCGUCACAACGAUAGUCGAAGAGCCCUACAUAAUGCUCAAGAAGCCGGAGUCUGGGGAGAUCUUGACCGGAAAUGAGAGAUUUGAGGGUUACUGUAAAGAUUUAGCCGAUUUACUCGCGAAAAAAUUAGGCAUAAACUAUGAGCUUCACAUCGUCAAGGAUGGUCACUAUGGCGCUGAGAAUCCUGAAGUGAAGGGCGGAUGGGAUGGUAUGGUGGGCGAAUUAAUGCGGCAAGAAGCAGAUAUAGCCAUCGCGCCGAUGACAAUAACAUCGGAAAGAGAACGUGUUAUCGACUUUAGUAAACCGUUCAUGUCGCUCGGCAUCUCAAUUAUGAUCAAGAAACCGGUAAAACAGAAGCCCGGGGUUUUCAGCUUCCUGAAUCCUCUAUCAAAGGAAAUAUGGGUGUGCGUAAUUUUCAGUUACAUCGGCGUUAGUAUUGUUUUAUUUACGGUCUCGCGCUUCUCUCCCUACGAAUGGAGGCUUUUACAUUUAACUGGCGAACACCGAGAUCCUUCCGGUCCUGGAGGAAAUCCCAACUCAAUGGCAAAUGAUUUCAGCAUACUAAAUUCUCUUUGGUUUGCUCUAGCCGCCUUUAUGCAACAGGGGUGUGAUAUAGGUCCCCGUUCGAUAUCCGGGAGGAUAGUUGGCGCUGUUUGGUGGUUUUUUACCCUUAUACUUAUUUCAUCUUACACGGCGAACUUGGCCGCAUUUCUUACGGUCGAAAGAAUGGAGGCUCCCAUAAAUUCGCCCGAAGACUUAGCGUCACAAACUGAAGUGGAAUACGGUACGCUUUAUCACGGUUCGACCUGGGACUUCUUCCGAAGAUCUCAAAUAACGCUAUACUCGAAGAUGUGGGAGUACAUGAAUUCUAGAAAACACGUCUUUGUAAAAAAGUACGACGAGGGAAUACGUCGCGUACGACAGUCAAAAGGGAAAUACGCUCUUCUCAUAGAAUCCCCCAAAAAUGACUACAUUAAUGAAAGAGAACCUUGCGAUACAAUGAAGGUAGGACAACAUCUUGACAACAAAGGUUUCGGAAUUGCGACUCCCCUCGGUUCACCACUCAAGGACGGCAUAAAUCUCGCCGUGCUGAGCCUAAAGGAAGGCGGAGAGCUUACAAAAUUAAAGAAUAGGUGGUGGUACGACAGAACUGAAUGCAAGCAAGGAGACAAACAGGAGACCGCAAGGAACGACUUGUCGUUAAGCAACGUCGCGGGAAUUUUCUACAUUCUAAUUGGCGGCCUCCUGAUCGCUCUAAUUGUAGCGCUGCUGGAAUUUUGCUAUAAAUCCCAUUCCGAAGCAACGAGAGCCAAGAUUCCGCUAAGUGACGCAAUGAAAGCUAAAGCAAGACUCACGAUCGGCGUUGGGAGGGACAUAGAUAAUGGAAGGUAUUACACCCCUGCAAACCAGAUCGCUGGCAGUGCCGAACAGGAGCAAGCCCACAGCAACACUCAUACCCAAGUCUAAUCUAAAAAUUACCAUAUCUUUAGUAUUAAAUGUAACUAUACUGUUUUUAUAUUCGGUGUGGUAGUUGUAUAAAUGUGAUACCAUGUUAAUAUUAAAUAUUGACUGUUUAA